GCCGAGGGAGCAGGUCCCCUCGCCCACACUGAGCAUCCCCCUUCUGCUGGGACGGCGGAGACCAUGUCUGACACGGAAGAGGUGGCCGAGGAGUACGAGGAGGAGCAGGAAGAGGGAACCGUGGAAGAGCAGGAGGAGGUAGCAGAGGACGAGGCUGGCGACGAGGUGGAGGCCGAGGAGCUGACUGCAGAUGGCGAGGACGGACAGGAAGAGGAAUCCAAGGAGGCUGACGACGGCCCCGUGGAGGAGUCCAGGCCGAAGCCCAGGCCGUUCAUGCCCAACCUGGUGCCCCCCAAGAUCCCCGGUGGCGAGAGAGUGGACUUCGAUGACAUUCACCGCAAGCGCAUGGAGAAGGACUUGAAUGAGCUGCAGACGCUGAUCGAGGCUCACUUCGAGAGCAGGAAGAAGGAGGAGGAGGAGCUCAUUUCCCUCAAAGACAGGAUCGAGGAGAGGGCCAGGCGGGAGGAGGAGGAGAGCCGGCGGAGGGCGGAGGACGAGGCCCGCAAGAAGAAGGCGCUGUCCAACAUGAUGCACUUCGGGGGCUACAUCCAGAAGGCGCAGACGGAGCGGAGAAGCGGGAAGAGGCAGACAGAGCGGGAAAAGAAGAAGAAGAUUCUGGCCGAGAGGCGGAAGGUGCUGGCCAUCGACCACCUCGGUGAAGACCAGCUGAGGGAGAAGGCCAAGGAGCUGUGGCAGAGCAUCUACAACCUGGAGGCGGAGAAGUUCGACCUGCAGGAGAAGUUCAAGCAGCAGAAAUACGAAGUGAGCNNNCUCCGAAACAGGAUCAAUGACAACCAGAAAGUCUCCAAGACCCGCGGGAAGGCCAAAGUCACCGGGCGCUGGAAGUAG